CUCUCUUUGUGAUUAUUCAUUAUUCCUUCCUUAAUUCUUCAUCAGAUCUUUUUUCUUUUUCUUCUUUGAUCGGAUUCCCGUCGCCUGGUGUAGCUUUCUCAUCGAGUCGACAUCGGAUCAUUACUACAUACUGCAACCCUGACGUCUCCAACGCGCCGCCUUUUCCAACUCGCAAAGUCAUUCAAAAUGCCACCAACUGGAACAAUCUAUGACUACCUUGUCAUCGGUGGCGGUAGUGGAGGUCUUGCCUCCGCUCGCCGCGCUGCCUCAUAUGGCGCCAAAGUCGGUCUGAUUGAAGGAAGUGGGCGCCUCGGAGGCACUUGUGUCAACGUUGGAUGCGUUCCAAAGAAGGUUAUGUGGAGCACAGCCACUAUCGCUGAGGCCAUUCAAGAUGCCAAGGAGUAUGGCUUCCCUGAGGUUGGCUCGCCCAAGUUUGAUUGGCUCACUCUUAAGAACAAGAGAGAUGCUUAUAUUCAGCGCUUGAAUGGCAUUUAUGAGCGCAAUUUGCAGAAGGAUAGCGUCGAAUAUAUCAGUGGCAUGGCAUCUUUCGUCUCCAAGAACAGUGUCACUCUUGGCGAUGGACAAGAAAUUCAUGCCAAAAAGAUUCUUAUCGCAGUCGGUGGUCGUCCUAAAAUUCCCAAGGUCCCUGGUGCCGAAUUGGGCAUUGACAGCGAUGGUUUCUUUGUUCUAGAGCAUCAACCUAAGCGUGUUGCUGUUGUUGGAACUGGAUAUAUUGGUAUCGAAUUAGCUGGCAUUUUCCAUGCACUCGGUUCCAAGGUCACCAUCUUCUCAAGAACCACUGAGAUCUUGCGCUCGUUUGACUCUAUUAUCAAGGACACUCUCAAGGAAGAGAUGCUCACUGUUGGCAUUGAUAUUGUUCCUAACAGUCAGGUCAAGGCUCUUGCCAAGGCCAACGGCAACGCCAUCAACGUUAGCUACGUCUCUAAUGGAAAUGAAGCCUCGAGCGAAUUCGACACUGUCCUCUGGGCCGUUGGACGCGAACCUCUUAUUCAGAAACUCGGUUUGGACAAGGCUGGUGUCACUCUGAAUGACAAAGGGUACAUUGUUGUCAAUGAGUACCAAGAGACGGUUGUGCCUGAAGUUUAUGCUCUUGGAGAUGUCUGCGGAGUUGAGCAGUUAACCCCUGUAGCCAUUGCCGCUGGUCGCCGUCUUUCAGAUCGCCUUUUCGGACCCGAAAAGUUCAAGGAUUCAAAGCUUGAUUACAAGAACAUUCCCUCUAUCAUCUUCUCACACCCACCUGCAGGGGCUGUUGGUCUCACAGAGGAGGAAGCUAAGAAAGAAUAUGGUGCUGAAAACUUGAAUAUCUACGUGACCAAAUUUUCGGGCAUGUAUAACGCCAUGAAGACCCAUAAGACUCCCUCAGCUUUCAAGCUCAUCUGCGCAGGACCUGAGGAGAAGGUUGUUGGUAUUCAUCUUGUGGGACAGGGAAGUGAUGAGAUGCUGCAAGGCUUUGCAGUCGCCGUGAAGAUGGGUGCCACUAAAGCCGACUUUGAUAACACUGUCGCUCUCCACCCUACUAGCGCAGAGGAACUGGUUACCUUGACCAAGGCUAACCUCAAGAAGGACUAAAACAAAGAAUAGAAAAGCUAGGCACGAAAUUAAGCCUUGUAUUGUAUAAAAAAGUUGUUCAUGUCAAAGUAAUAAAUAAGCA